CUGCGCAGCGCAAACCCGGAAGUGCGCGAUGCGGAAGUAGCUUUGUGUUUUUGUUUGAUCUCAGGGCAGUGGCUCACGGGGCAGAAAACCUAGCCGGACCUCGUUAGUUCUAGAUCAGCAGACAAUGUUUCCCCUCCGAAGAUUAAGAAGAAUUAGACAGUAGCAGGUUUGCUCAGACCCCACCGCGCCCUCCUCAGCUGAGAACGCUGAUUUUUGUAGCCUGGGUGCUGGGCUACGUGGCCUUCCUGCUCUCCAUCAGGAGGAUGUGGACGGGGAAGCACAUCCGCAGUCCGCUGGUCCGCUCGCUCUUUUUGAGCAUGGUGGCCGAGGGCGAGGCAGCUGACCAGCAGGAGUGGUACAGGUGCUGCCCCGACCUGCUGGGAGAAUCGGUGCGCCCCCUGUUUGUCCAGAGCCACCUGGACUCGGACACCAAGGCUUUCCUCAAGCGCAGUCAGGAGAAGUCCGGCUGGCUCUUCACACAGCUCUAUCACUCUCUGGUAUCGACCGUCCUCAGUCCUAUGGUGUCACGCACCUCCAUCAACGGGUUUCUGGGCCGGGGCUCCAUGUUCGUGUUCUCCCCUCACCAGUUCCAGCAGUUGCUACGGAUCGACCCGGACUGGAAGGCCGAGAGGCUCCUGGACCUCGGAGCCGGGGACGGAGGAGUCACAGAGGUCAUGGGAGUGCACUUCAGGCAGGUCUAUGUAACUGAGGUCUCCCCGCCAAUGAAGUGGCAUCUCCAGAGAAGGAAUUACACACUGCUGGCUAUAGAUGAGUGGCAGCAUACCGGUUUCCAGUACGACGUAAUCAGCUGCCUAAACCUGCUGGACCGCUGCGACGAUCCUCUGCGUCUCCUGCGGGACAUCAGGAGCUCCUUAGUCCCCAAGACGGGAAGACUCGUCCUGGCCGCCGUGCUUCCCUUCCAGCCUUACAUCGAAGUCGGAGGGAAGUGGGAGCGUCCAAAAGAGCACCUUAAAAUUGCAGGAAAGAUGUGGGAGGAGCAAGUAACGAACCUGUGCAACGAGGUCUUCAAGCGGGCGGGGUUCGAGUUGGAGGCCGUGACCCGACUGCCGUACCUCUGCGAGGGCGACAUGUACAACGAUUACUAUGUGCUGGACGAUGCCGUUUUCGUUCUGAAGGCGUCGGAGGACGCCGCAGAGUCUCCUCGGUGAAAAUCGAAAGGAAUAUUUUCCAAAUGUUGCGGGUUUCUUUGUCUCGUUUUUUUUUCAUGGGGUUUUAGUGCAAUGUGAAAUGUGCCAUUGUUACAGUCAUUGGUUUCUGACUUGGGUGGAAAUGGGGAGUCACACGUGAAGCUCAGGUGCUGUGGUUUAGAUCUCUCAGAUCCUGGGAUACCUCAGCUUUUUAAGCAAUAAAAGAAAGAAGUGAAAGGACUGCCUCUGAAGAUCACUUCUUCUGAAAUAUCAUCGUGCUGUAAGUGUUAAUCUGUAAAGUCUCCUACGUGUUUUUAUUGUUCAGUUUUUAAAUGUUAACCUCGUCAGCGAAGAAAAAAUAGCGAUGGAAGUUCUGUUUAAAACAUGUAUUUUUUAACUUUUAGUUAAUGAAAACCACUACAAAUACUAAUGGCAAGGCCAGAAUAUUGUUUUGUUUUUAUCUUCUUGACAUUAACUGAAUACUGACAGUCAAAGUUCAGCAAAACAAAGCGAACUUCAGACACUGACUUGAUGUAAUGCCUUUAUGGUCGUCUCUACAUUGUAUUAGCAAGAAGUCUCACAUUUACUCUUUAACAUGUAAUCCUGGCAUGGAUAGUGUGGACCUGCGAUAACAGGGGCGGAUUUAAUCUUUUUGAGGCCCGCAGACAUGACCCCACAUCUUUUUUCUUCAUUCAGUUUUCUUUAUCCCCUUUUUAAAGCCGUAGAAAUAAGAGCUACUCGCAGUUUUGUCUACUUCACUGCUGCAAGCGUUAAACCACUGCAGUCUCCAAAAUGUAUAAACAGUUAUUUUAGGAGCCGUGAGAUCUUGAUUCACUCGAGCUAUAGCUGUGGAUGUUUCCACUCAGUUUGGAGACUUUUUCUUUUUCUUUUUUUUUGUCUUGAUUAAGGCUGAGGUGGAUGCCUGUGUAUCUGGUGAGCCACACCUUCUAGUUCAUGUUCCCGCAGUGUUCAUUUUAGAUGGGAAUAAUGUGCUUGAUUGAUAACUAUGCACAUGGAUGGGAUUCUUCCACCCUCAAACAUUAUCUGCCCUAUGGCAGGGGCGUUUUCUGCUGCCAUCAGGGAAUCCUACUUCCAUAGGGGGCGUGUCCUGGGUCAGCACUGAUGUUUCAGAACGUGGUACAUAUCAAAAUAGCUUCCACGUAAGUUGGAGUUCCUGAGCACAGUCCAUCAUGCUGCCAUAUCUGUGUUAUGUUUUAAUAAAGGGUCUCUUAACAGUGUUUGGCUACUUGGUCCCAUAAACAAGAAGCUGUGAUAAAGAUGCUGAUAGUUGUCCACUGGCAUAUGAACUUUGUCGAGCUACAGAGGCUCUUUUCUCCAGUCAGUGCCCUGAUUCGCCCCGAUAUGUAUGUUAGCUACCAACAUCUGCUCUGUGUGUGUUUUAGUUUAAUACUGUGGCUAAAAUAAGAUGCUCAUGCGGUGAAGAGGAGAGAAUAUGUAAGUUUCAAUGGCUCCAUAAUGCUAUCUGGUCCAUCUAUCACAUUUUCUGCUCACGUGUGCAUAAUGGAAGCGUUCCUACAAACAAUAAGAAGUGUAGCUCUAAUUAUGCACGACGGCAUCGUUGAUGGGUUUUAAAUUGAACAAGUGUGGAACCUUCUUAUUUAUUUAUUUUUCCCAUCCUUUCCAUGGAUAACUGUAAAACAAUGUGUGUUCUCCAGAUGAGGGUGCCAAAUGACUAUUCAUAAAUGUGCCAUGAUGACUGGAGUGUUUUUGAAAGUAAAAAGUUCCUGAAUAAAAAAAAUAUUCAUUUUUA